UUCGAACGAAACAGCGCUGUUCACUGACACAUGAUGUCAACAUUUCAUCACAUUGCUUAAGGAUUUGAGCGCGAGUGCAGGCAUUUGAAAAUCGAAGAGAAUAACAAAAACUCAAAAACAAACAUUUCACAAAACCAACCGAUUAUGGACGAUGAAAACGACGCCCAAUUGGAUGUGGUGUUCAAAAAUUGCAAGAACAAUUUUCAAUUGUUCUUGUCAACCAUCGCCGAAUACUUGGGAAGAAAACCGGAUUUUUCAACAUGUGAUCUGACACACGUAUCGCAACUGUUUGCGAACGCUGCAAAUACAUCAAAAACGCGCAACAAUGACAAUGCUACUGUCGCGAAUGGAACAUCGACCGGUGCAGGUAACGGAACAUCAGUCGAAGUAUCGAAGUCGGUGCAAAUAACGGAUGACGAUUCCCGUGAUAUGUUUGAAACUGAAAAUGACGAUGACGAUGAGAUUAUUCCCGAGACACAAUUUUUCCAAGAAGAAUCAAAUGAUUCGGGAGAAAGUGUGACCAUUCCGUUAUACGUUGAAGUGGCUGGCAAUAAUGGUCGAUUCCGCGGUUCAUCUGAAGCAAGUGAAGGUGCAGAUGACAGUGAAUUUGCACGGGUUCGGCCUGAAACAGAGGCAGACGAUCACACUGAGCAACAGUCGCAAAUGCUCAUGGCCAACAUGGAUCAAAGUAUACUACGUGAUAUUGAAACAACUUACACAGAAGCUAUUGCAAACAAUAAUUCAAAUGUGAUCGUGUCGACACAGACUGUAGCGUCGGCGAAUGAAGCUAGUUCGGAAAAUAACGACACACAAAUAGACGAUGAACCGAACGAUGGCGGCCGCGUUGAUCGCAGCACAUCCACAACACCCGAUAUUGAAUUGUCUGAUCAUGUUUGCAAGAACCUUGCCGACCUUGCGAGUAUGACCAAUUCGAAUGCUGUUGAGAAGCAGCCGACGGCGGAGCAACGCGAAAAUGUUGAUAGUGACGAUGAUGACAUAAAUGAAACGCAGAUGUUUUCACAAAACAUUUAUGAUGCAAACACACAACAACUGGCAAACCGAACGCAUUCACCAGAACCACAAUCCACACAAGACUUGUUCUUGGCCGCCACAGAACUGGUUUUCAAAUUACCCGCAGCUGUUAUCACUCCACUUGUGAAAACCAAACCGAAUCCACCCAUCGAAUCGCAAGACGUUUUUGAUGCUCCCACUCAUAGGAUGCGAUCGCCCAAAAGAUUGGGCGAACAUGUACGCGGUGCGGCAAAACAGACAUCUCACGAAGACAGUAUUUAUGAUGCAGCCACACAACGAGCCCCACAAAAGGAAGAUAUCCACGAUGCAGACGAUUUUUUCGGGGCGGCCACACAAAUAGCACCCCCACGCAAUCCCCGAGGAACAUCAGAACCGAUAGAGCCAGAAGAAGACGACGUCUACAUUGCAGAAACACAAUUGCCACCAGAAGACUAUGUUUUCGAUCAGCCAACGCAGCAAAUGCCAUCAGACAAACCGUCAUCAUCUUCGAAGAAAACCGUUACGUGGAAGAAACCCAAUGAGUUUGAACCACAGAAAUCGAACCAACACAAUGUAUCAGAUGAUUUAUUCGAUGUCGGAACUCAGGCUUUUGAAGCUCCAGAGCCUUCGAACAAUGCGAGUGAAGAUCUGAUUGAAACAGAAUUUUUCGAUAUGCCAACACAAGUGGUUGGAAUGCCUUCCCAAAACAUUCCAAAGCAACGAUUACCGGCGGUUUUAACACAAAGUAGCCAACCAUCAUUAACACCAGAAUGGUCAAUGGCAGCGCGUAUAUCGAAUGCUGCGAUCGAUCAAUUUGAAAAAGAGCAGGCCGAUCGAGAGGCGGAGAAGAAACGUGAAAAACUUCGUAAAAAUCGAUAUCUCUUUGCGGCUUCCGAAGAUGAAGAUGAGAAUGAAGACGAUUUUGAUUUCGAUUUGGCUUUGCCAUCAAACCCAGUGGAACGUAUGUCAUCGCUCAAAGAAAGCCAGAAACAUGGCAAAAACCACGAUAGUUUGACACGACCCUUGUCAGCGUCCUCGACAACAACAAGCGAUGACUCAGAUUCAGUGCCAAAGAAGUCAAACCCAGUGGAACGUGUGUCAUCGCUCAAGGAAAGCCAGAGACAAGAACUUUUAACACGACCCUUAUCAGUAAAGAGGACAAAGACAAGCGAUGAUUCAGAUUCAGUGCCAAAGAAGUCAAAACCUGAUGCAAAUAAGUCAGGUAAAAUCACCCAGCGUGAUAUGGAUGUGAAGGUGAAAGUGUCUCGACAAACGGUUGAUGAAUACCUACGAAAAGAGAGACAGGAACAACAAAAUCAUUCGAAAAAAUCAUCCGCGCCGCACGAGACGAACAAAAAUUCGAACGCCACCGAAACAAAGUCGGUCGCCGAUCAAGCACCGGUUCAACAACGAAACCUGCGUCGUCGAAAGUCAGAGGCCGAGACUCCACCACCAAAUGAGAGCCGUAACAAGCGAAAAGCAAAUGCAAACGAAGAUGCACAACCGAAGGAGAAACGUGGAAAGAAGGAACCAAGAGAGCUGGCCGCUCUGAUGAGACACAGCCCACCAAUGGCCAAAACAUCGGCUUCGAGCAAGUCGAAGGAAAAUGAAUCGAGAUUACGCAACGCCAAGAAAGACAAGGACAAAGACAAAGCCAAGGAAAAUAACAUCAGUCCCGCUCCUAUGACUACAAACAUCCCUGACUCCCAUCUCUUAUCGUCUAUGAAACGUCGAACUUCAGAUCGACCAUCUACGUGCUCUUCUUUGGGGCCAGCUAUACUUUUUACUAAAGUUAAUUCGGCUCCAUACAAAAAUGUGAUCCAAAAACUGGGCGGCGCCAUUGUUGACACCCCCCAAUUGGGAACAAUAUUGAUUUGUGAUAAAAUCUCACGGACCUUCAAAUUUCUAUACGCAUUAACGAAAGGCAUUCCAAUUGUAUCACCACGUUGGCUUGAUGCUUCAGCCAAAUGUGGUGGGUUCGAACCUACCGAUCCGUAUAUAGUUUCUGAUACAAAUUCAGAGAAAAGAUUUCGCUUCAGCUUGAGAAAAUCUCUGGAAGCUGCACGGAAAACUCCUCUCUUUGUCAACUAUCACAUCUGUACCACACCUAAUGUUCAACCAAUUACAUCCGAAAUUGCGGAAAUUGUCGAGAGGGCGGGUGGUAAGUACGUUAAUAAUCCGUUGAAGGAACGCAAACCAAACACAGUCGCUGUUCUAAUAUCGCAUAAAAAAGACAGUAAAAUGUGGAAGUCAUAUAAGGAUGCACAUCCGGACAUUCAGAUUGUUAGCUCUGAAGGCUUUUUACAGAGCGUCGUACAACAGAAAAUUAACUUUUCAAAUUUUCUUCUGAAAGAAUGAACUACAAAUCUAUGGGUGAGAUUGAGGAUGGAGUAUGUUUUUUCUUCGAUUUAUAUUUUUGAAAAGGCGAGUAUGUUUUCUGAUGAUUCUGUUGGCGUUAAAGUAGAGUAUGUUGUAGUACCGUCUAGCCUCCGCGGUCUUCAUGGUUUUCACGCAACUGAUAAAAGAUAACAACAUGGCGUCUUCAGCAAAGUUGUAGUACUUGAGGUCUUCUAUAACUAAGCUGAAGACAGUUAUCUCUUAUCUCUUAUCAGUUGCGCGCAAAUCGCGCACAUAAAAAAGCAAAUUUUAUAUAGAACUUUUUUUUUCUUAUCAUUUUUCGCGCUUUUCGCGGAACUGAUAAGAGAUAAGAGAAAACUGUCUUCAGCGAUGUUAUAGAAGACCUCGAGUGCUACAAUUUUACCGAAGACACCAAGUUGUUAUCUCUUAUCAGUUCCACGGAAACCGUGAAAAACCGCGAGGACCCGCUAAAAACGAACAUACUCGCUUUUAACCAUUUUUAAGUCGACAGAAACUUGCUCUUCUCUUUCGUAACAAAGUCAAUCAAACAUACACUACUCUCAAUCUCACCCAUAGAAAUGAUAUUAAAAGUCAAUCAAAAAUCUCAGUUGGCUCUUCAAACAAAGACUUUACACUGGAAUGCCAUUCCAAAAUUGGAUGUUUUCUCCCCUGUAUAAAUGUAAAUAUUUUGUUUUUUAAAUAAAAAUUCAAUCGAAGAAACAAUAAA